AUGAGAGAACUUUCCAGUAAAGAGGGCCAAAACACAUGCAGGCUGGGGCACAGUUUCCCCAAGAUGGUAACUCCAGGCUUUUAUCCAUUCUGCCUGCAAAUCAAGGACCUGCUUGGUGAGAAGAGUUAAGUGAUAAAGUGUGGCCGUCAGGGCCUGUGCCUGCUGUGUGGGGAGCCUCCAUGCCUGGGAGCUUGGCACUCUUGGCUAAAAGUCUGAGCAGAUCCUCCCCACUCCAUGGGUAAGCAGGUACCCCAGGAAGCUGCACAUCCAAGGAGGACCCUGUGGAGGAAAGCAGGAUGGGCAGCAAGGAAGAUGCAGGCAAGGGGUGUCCGGCGGCCGGCGGCGUCUCCAGCUUCACCAUUCAGUCCAUCCUGGGCGGGGGCCCCUCGGAGGUGCCACGGGAGCCCGCCGGCUGGCCCGCCAGGAAGCGCAGCCUGUCCGUGUCCUCGGAGGAGGAGGAGCCGGACGACGGCUGGAAGGCACCUGCCUGCUUCUGCCCAGACCCGCACGGCCCCAAGGAGCCGGGCCCCAAGCAUCACCCCCCCAUCCCCUUUCCUUGCCUGGGUACCCCCAAGGGCAGCGGAGGCGCGGGGCCGGCGAGCUCGGAGCGCACGCCUUUCCUCUCUCCUUCGCACCCGGACUUUAAGGAAGAGAAAGAGAGGCUCCUGCCCGCGGGCUCGCCGUCGCCAGGGCCAGAGCGGCCGCGGGACGGCGGCGCCGAGCGGCAGGCGGGCGCCGCCAAAAAGAAGACGCGCACGGUCUUCUCGCGCAGCCAGGUGUACCAGCUCGAGUCCACCUUCGACAUGAAGCGCUACCUGAGCAGCUCGGAGCGCGCCUGCCUCGCCUCCAGCCUGCAGCUCACCGAGACCCAGGUCAAGACUUGGUUCCAGAACCGCCGCAACAAGUGGAAGCGGCAGCUCUCGGCCGAGCUGGAGGCGGCCAACAUGGCGCACGCCUCGGCGCAGACUCUGGUGGGAAUGCCGCUGGUGUUCCGGGACAGCUCGCUGCUGCGCGUGCCGGUGCCGCGCUCGCUCGCCUUCCCCGCGCCGCUCUACUACCCCGGCAGCAACCUCUCGGCCUUACCUCUCUACAACCUCUACAACAAGCUCGACUACUGAGCGGCCGCCGGCCCGCGCCGCGCUCUCCCGGUCGCCUCCAGCUGCCCCCUCCCGGGGCUCCGGAGCGGGGCGGUGUGUUGCCAGAAAUAUUAAGAAAUACACCAUGUGUAUUCAUUAUCUCUUAUUUAUGGCCUCUGCCCUACUUUUUGUUUUGAUUGUUUCGGGUAUUUAUCGGCAUUUCUCAAGCCAGAUCGCCUGCUUUCUACCCCAAACAAACCAAUACGCUUUGAAAACCAUUGUGGAGGGGAUGUUCUCGGGUGGUGGUGGGAAUGGGAGUUUCGGCCAGAUCUACAUUGAUUGGUAGGGGGGAAAAAUCAGAAAAACACCAACAGAACCAGGUACACCCCUCUCCCCAUAUAUACACCUGUAUGUAUGUACAUGCACACACAGCCGGCCAAAGCCAGCGAGGUGUUUGCACAGUUAUCUCAACGCCUCUUCGUUUUCCUCGUUCCGAGGAUGGGUAGGAGGAGAUUUCAGAUCUGUAAAUAUUUUUAAAGAGGAAAAAAAAUAAAACAUUUUA